CGUGAAUCUCCGCCAUGAAACAGCUCGCGCCGUCCGCCGCCGUCAUCGCCGGUCUGCUGGCCGUCCAAUCGCUCCUGUUGCUCGGCGUCCUGGACGCGCCGGGAUUCCGAACGGCCGCCGUGGUCCGGGCCCAGGACAGCCCGUUCGAGUUACCCGUCCAGCUCAUCGGUUUCCCCGUCAUAAUCAUAGCCGUCAAGAUGUCGAAUUUCGUCAAGAAACUCGCGUACGCCCUGAGCCCCAGUGAGUAUGAUACGUAAUCGUUCGUCAUUUACGAAAAACGCUUCCCCCGGGUACGCCAGACGGCGCGAAAACGGCACUCGUUUGGGGUCCGAAGUAUAGAGACCGGUUCCGAAAGUCCCAUUUCGUCGUUUUCGGUUUCACAUUGUCCACUCCCGAUUUGUGCUUUGAUCCCGUUUCAAUUCGCUUCGGUUUCGUUUCGGAUCGGAGGCACUUUAUCGAUUUCGUUUGAACGCGUUUGACUUGAAAAAAACCGCGCAAUGCGAAAAUGCGCACGCCCACGCGCGUUUUCUCGCACGCCAAUUCACUCACCCCCCCCCCCCCNCCCCCCGUCUCUCGUCACCCAGACGCGUAUCGCCGCCACACGUCGCGGUGACUACGAGCCGUCACUCACGUAACCGCAAACCGGGUAACUGGUAUUUCGCGCGUUAUACAAUAUUAUAUGUUAUUAUUAUUAUUAUUAUUAGGUGGGUAUCUGCUGUGGCGUGACUCGGUAUCGUAAUGCGGAAAGAAGACUGCACACAUGCAUACACGUAAUACGCUAUCGGAUCCAAUACACGACAUACUUACCACAUAUGUUGUUUUUCGCAACGAGUGUAUUGUUCGCCACAGCGGUUCAUAUGCGAUAUGGUCUUUUCGGACUAUUUCACUGCGUCGUGUCUGUUGUAAUGCGGAACAUUUACCCGCCGCUUUCGGACAUUUCUAACGGCUUCCCUCGGGACCAAAUGUGCUCGAAUUCGGAAAGGUUAGGCCGUUUGUAAACCGGAUUGAAGUGAUAAAAGAUCCGACGGGUUUCGUACAUGAAUCGUGGAAUGUUUCGUGUAGCAUUUUACGCCCGUUUUCUUUUUUUUUAGCAUUCGAAUGUUCGUGGUUUUGCAAAGAAUAUUUCUAUUACUUAAACAAAAUAAGUGACGAGGAAAUUCGACUUUAAUGACGGAACCCAUAAUGUUGCUCUCGAGCAGUGGUUUUUUUUUUUUUUUUUGUAAUCGAUUUUGUCGUCACCGAAGUGAAAAACUUUUAUUCCGAACCCGGAGAAUAAUUUAUUGUCAUUAGCAGCACAAUAUUUAUAAUCGCCGCGCGGGAAAUAACAGUAAUUUAUACCGUUUUUCUUUCAAUCGCGCGAAAAAGAAACUACGGGACCCGUGUUGUUCGCAGUCGUGUUACAGACGAAAUGUCCUGAGGUCAAACACGCUAUUGCAUGCGCGUCAUAGUAGUAACAGUAAUAAAAUAAUAGUAAUAGUAACUAGUAAUAUCAAUAGUUUUGAUAAUAACGUAGUAGUUAAUGGUAACAGUUAAGUGGUAAUCGCGUAAAAACGUGAAAAAGAAAGAUAAUAAUAUUAUGUAAACGAGUAUGAUUAUUAUACUCGUGUUUCGGUAGUUUCGAAAAUGCGCGUUGGUAAUUAAUAAUACAAGGUCCUAUUUGUCAUUUUCUCAAAGACUCCAAUUAAAUCCUUCGGCUUUUACACUUUAGCACUCUUUAGCAAUGUGAGGACGCGUGAACGAAUGUAUGUGUAGUGAUGAACCGUACUCAACGAGCACCCGGAUAGGAGUCUCGAAAGGGACCCCCGACGGUCCCAAAUAGAUACACGUGAAGUAUAACAAGUCGGAUUGUAUUUGCGUUGUACGAAGAUAACGAUGAGAGAUUAUGUUGUAAUGGAGUAACUGUCUAGAUGAAAAUAAUUGACGAAAUAUAAUAUUGACAGUAUUUAGAUAAAAAUGAAUAAUCAGCAACAUAACGCCUAUAGAUAAAAUACAAAGAUGAGUUUUUCAUUAUCAUAGAAUCGAAAGUGUUGAAAGUAGUAAAAAAUGUCACAUCAAGAUUUCAAAAAGUCCGUGCGAUCGAUUUAACUUAAUAAUAAUAAUAAUAAUAAUAAUAAGUUAACAAUAUUACAAUUAUAUUAAAAUAAAUUAAAUAUGUAUGCAUUCAUUAUUUUUGAUAUGAAUGCAUAAAUUACGGUCUAAACAAUUUUGUUUAGAUAGAUUUAUUUAGACGAUUCGAUCAUAGAUACAUACGGCUCGUAUUAACUUCAACAACUUAUUUCCCGUUUAUCUAGAUAUGUAAUGUAUAAGAUAAAUAUACGAGUAUACUCAUCUAGAUAAAUUCUAAAUAUUACACAACACUGAUUAUUUUAAUGUACUUGCAAUACAUUUUUUAUGACGACUCGAUUAUAGAAAUAACAUUUUUUUUUUUUUUUUAUUUGUAUGUUUGCAUCUCUGUAAUGUACCGUAAAGAUAAAUCCAGUACGAAUAGUACGAUCGCCAGUUGCGUGAUCAUUUAGCCUGUUUCAGCCCUUCAGAUUGCUUUACCAGUCCGAUGCCCGGGGUGCCUCUAGGAGGUUACAAAUAUGUAACGCUGUCCACAAAAAACAAAAUCGACAACCAUUAUUAUAGUUAUCAACGUUUCGAAAAUCUGUUGUUUUUAUUUUCUGCAUUUAAGAGUCUGUAUUUACUGUACCGUGGCCAUAGCAAUAAUUGCUGAAUUAUUUAAUUGAUUGAAAAUAGAAAUUAAAUUUUACGUUAAACAAUGGCGAACAGUUUGGGGAAAGAAAACAGUCAACAUAAAUUUCAUUAUAUAAUAAUAAGAACAAUAAAAUCUAAAUUACAAAAAAAAAAAAAUAUACAUUAUGCAACAGUAUUAAAUAGGAAGCCUAUAUAUUAGCCAACGUUAAUAAUAAAAAAAUUAAUUAGUUUUUUUGUUGUGUGUUAAUUAUAUUUAGUAGUUUUCCGUUUAAUUCACGAACGUCUUGAGUAUCCAACGAGACCGUUAAUCGCAAAAAUCUCAAAGAUGUUGUAAGUAGUAACGAAACGUAAUGAUAUUGCUAAAUCGUUACUUAACAGUAAUAUGUAAUAAUAUUUGUAACACAUUAUGUACGUUGAAAAGUAAAGUAUCGAAAUACUUUUAUCUCUCAUGUUUUCCAAAAUCUUUAUACUCGAAUAAAAACGUCACAAUACAAUAAUGUGGACUGUGACUGGGGAGGUCUCGAAAUCACGACGUCGAGUUUUUUUUAUCAUUUAUCACAAGUCGGAAAAUACGGAGUUUAGCGGAGUAUAAAAAUUAUGGUAAAAAAAAAAAAAAUACGAGAAAAUAUUAUUGUUCUCCCCCACAACAAAACAAUAAAUCCGACCGUGACGUAUAGUGCCACACAACCGUACGAUAAUAAAUCUAUAACAUUCUUCUUGAAAUCCCAACGACCAAAAAAUCUGAUGAUGAAAAAUGUCCAUAAUUAAAUAUUUGUCUAAACCCUCAGCUAUAUGCUGUGGUAACUUUCCAUCCGUCCAUCUAUCAAGGGUUUCUAAAACCUCUAAACGAAAUGAGAUGUCAACUUCAAAUUCACACAUGAUAUCAUUCAUAACGGCCACUCGGACAGCAAAAUAUGUUAAAAUUAGUUAAAAUUAUGCAAUAGGAAAAAAAAUGUAUUUACGAACUCGGCGAACGAAUUUACGAGAAAACGUAUAAAAUUAUAAACUAUACUUACAUAAUAUCGUUGUGCGAGGUUAGUAACACUAAGUCCGGAUAAUUUCUGAUCAGAGUAUCUCACUAUUUUUGAAACUGAGCUAUGCGAGAAAUAUAUUAGUUUUACAAUUAUGUGAUAUUGUUUUCUAUCUGUGAACAUCUUUUCGAUUAGGAAUCUUUCUCCGAUUUUCAUGUUCAACAUUUUUUAAAAAGCAAAUUUUUCGGCACAUUGAGAAGAUCAUUUUUAAUUUCCCUUGUAUUUUUCUUAAUAAUUAGGAAAUUCAAAUGUAAAAUGUUCAACAAAUUUUAACGAUAUUCGUGCUUUUUAUAAUAUUUAUAGGUAUUAUAAAUUGUCUUGUUUUUCUAGUUUUAAUUUGGUUUUAUGCGAGUAUAAUUUUCUUGGCCUAGUUAGAGUAGCCUAGAGUGAUCUAAAAUGUAACACGAGGUUCAUCGUAUGUUGUAUUUUGUGAUAAAAAAAAAAAAAAAAAUUAAGCGUAAUGCGUGUAUAAUAGAGCUCUGCAAGGGUCUAUAUAUUUAGGCUCAGUUGGCCAGUACCCCAAUAUGAAAAGCCCGACCAAUUGGAACCCUAUACUAAUGUUAUUUAUGAAACCAUGAUAAAUUUUUAAUUACAAAUUAAAACCCCUCGGCUCACAUAUUAUAAAUACGUGGUUCGGCUCGACCCUCUGCACCAUGUAGGCCCGGCUCAUUUGUCGAGCCCAGUCGAACUUAUCGUAGGUAGAGUAGUAAUAAUGGCACUCGUAAUCUAGUGUCAGUGUCGUAUCUAGAAUUUUUUUUUUUGGGGGGGAGAAGGCUUAUCAGUUACACAUUGCCUAUUGUAUUUUAUUACAGUAUAUCACAUUAAAAUUAAAACAAUAGUUUAAGAUUUUUCGAGGGGGGGGGAGGCCGUAGCCUCAUCAGCCCUCCCUGGAUACGCCACUGGCUAGUAUUAUUUGAAAAUUCGUAAAAUUGUAAAGUUUACAAAUCACGUCUCAGCAACACCAUCUGGCGGGCUCGCGUGGACUUGUACGCGGCUCUAAUUUAUGAAACCCAAGCCGUCAAAAAUUAAAAAUUAUAAAACGAAUCUCAUCCGGUACGGGCCGUUUGUAAAAAAUACGGACCAUACCUGCCCGGCCCGCGCAGAGCUCUAGACCGUAUACAGUAAUGUGUGAUGGUUAACCGGGUGCAGUGCGAUUUAGAGUUCAAUUAGUGGACGCUCGGUCGAGUUUAAUUAGUCGUUUUAGUGACGAUCCGCUCUUAUAUUGCGCAUCGUACACACACGCAAACACACAUACACGCGAUCAAGAGCAUUAUAAUUCAACACACUUACAUAUUCACAUUAGUUUGCGGUACUUUAGACGUGCACGCAUACAACCCGCGCGGUACGGUACGCACUUACUUACGUCCGCACGCACGUGCGGCAGAAGACGGCUCACUAAUGGACCCAAACACUCGGCCCGACGACUCGACGGUCACGUGCUACGCGUCGUCGUCGUGGCCGCGAAGUUACGCAAAAACCGUGUUUCGUAUGUUAUAAUAAUCGUACAACAAUAAUAAAUAAUGAUAAUAUGUAAGUAUAUAUUAUACGGUCGUUUUGACAUUACGCGCGUGUGUAUGUCCAUAGAACACAAUGACGUUGCGUAAAAUUUCGCCCAAACGGCUGUAAUAUAGAGUAGACGCUAGUAUACAGAGUGAUCAACAUAUUGUAACGUAAGACGCACUCAUUAGCUCGGAGUGUAUCGACUCUUGUCUUUGGUUAAUUUAAAAGAUCACCGAUUCCAAAAUGUUACAUUAUUACCUUUUGCAACCUAUCUAUACAUACAUAUACAAUGUACUAACAGUUUCAUACACGGACGAAGUUUUUUUUAGCUUGAAUAUAUUUUGGUCUAUUCCCCAGUGGAUAUUCCGCUUUUAAGUAUUUUCGUGUUCGAAGAGCAGGGGAACAGAAGUGGAGCGUCUUCCUUUGAUCGUGGUUUCAUCCCCGAGAAUAAAAAUGACAAAAAACCGGUAAAGUAACGUUUUAGAUCCACUCGUUUCUUAAAUGUUCUAAAAAAUAUAUUCCGAUAAAAUUCAACACUUUCCGAGAUAACGAGUGUCUCGCGUCGUUGUGAUGAUCACUCUGUAUGUAGUAAUAAUACUUACACUUACGUUAUAAUACAUAUUUUAUUAUAAUAUACGUACGUAAAUAUCGCGUAUAGAAACGUGUACUGUAUUGGGGAUCGGGUAUGUCAUUAACGUGUGCGGACAUAAACGGUUUACACCUAAUGAGGAUUAGCCUGGAGUAUCAAAAAAAAAAAAAAAGACAAAAACGCAAAAUCACCAAACUAACUACUAACUACUAUGGUACGUACAUAUAGUACCUAUUCGAUAUUCGUUUAACCUAUAAACAUUAUUCUGUUCGUACGAUCUUACCGAACUGUGUCGCAAUGCAAGUUCACUGCACGGGUCGAAUAAUUAAUCAAAUUGCUGAACUAUACUUUCGAGCUAUGGCUGUGAAGUUGUUUCAUGGUCGGGCUCGUGACAAAAUAGAUUGGUAUGACCAUAGUUCGUUGAUACACACACUCCGCUCAUAUAUUCGUUCACUUUACCGACUACUGCAGUUUUUCAUUUUUUUGGCUAAUAUUAACGCGGUAUGUACGAACAGUGAUGAAAAACUGCAACAUAGGUCGAAUGUGGAAUAGAUACGCAUACUGAACGAAAACGUGACACAAUCUGAUCAUAUCUAUCUAUUUUUGUUCAUGCUUAUGCCGACACAAGUUGAGUUGCAUGUAAAAUAGAACAGUAAUAGCCGACUUGCUUUACUUACUUACGUAUUAUUGCUCCGUGUGAAUCGAACCAUAUAGUACGCAACUACUAUAUCGUUUCGUAAUAUCGCAUUUUGUAUCAUCUCAUAUCGGUCAUAUUUUUCGCAGGCACCUACAGAAGAAAGGCCAAGAGAGAUUUGACCGCGUCGAGUCCGGCGUUCCCGGCAAGUGUGGACGUGCUCAAGGCCCAGGAGAUGAUCCUCAAAGAAAUGGGUCCGGACGUGUGCGUCUUCGAAAAGGUCUGUUCCGAGUAUGCCGAAGCGUCUGCUCUGGCCAAAAAGAAUCAUAACAAUAAGGACGGCAAGGACCACAUGGACUGGGAAAAGAUCAUCAGGUGUGUAUUACAAUAUUAGAGAAGUAUGUUAUUAAAUUUCUGUAUCAGGUAGUUCAUACAUUCGUAUAUAAAAAAUAGACUCGUACUACCGGUAAUCCUCAACGGCCCAUUUUCCCUUCUCAGAUCAUCUUAACUGGAUGGAAAACACUUUAUCGCGUUAAAAAUAUAUGACCUCUGUACGGACCAUUUAAUACAAUUUUUAAACAAAAUUAAGGCUCUACGCGUAUUUGUUAUGUCUAUAUGUCAGGAUCUCACUAUUUCUUUUCCUAAUUUAAAAAACUUAUCGUACAUUUAUUAUAUUGCGAAAUUGUGUGUUUAUUUCCUUAAACGGGUGCCGGACACGAUACACAAAUAUACACUUAACAAUACGUGAAAACGACUCUGAGUUCAAAAACCCGAAAACAGAUAGGCAGCAUGAGUAUAGUUCCACGAUAAUUUCAACAAAUUCAAACUAUAUUUUUAAUGACAAAGACACGAUGUCGUUUUCACCCGGACAAAUCGUGUUUUCUAUUCUAUUGUUUUUUUUUUUUUCUAGCGGAUACAUGGAAACCGGAUCGGCCAAAAAGAAAUACUACAUGUUGAGCGUGUUCUUGGGAGACGUGCUCGGUUCCCCCGAGUUCUGUUCUCGGAUCGUGCGAAAAAUUAAACGGUGCGAAGUAAAAUUGCACAUUGCCCAUUAGACGCCAGCUACCAACAACAGGAAGUGACUGAUGUUAAAAAAAAAAAAAAAACCUAUUUAUUAUCAUACGUUUAUCAUUAUACCUAAAUGUAAUGUUUUCGUUUUCAUUUUAUCCAAAAUAUCAUAUGUUAAGCGCCAUCCUAAUGUGUAAAUAAUCAAAAUAUUAUGUAGGUUUUUGUAGCUAUAAUAACGUUAAAUAUUAUACGUGACAUUUUAAUGUAAUAUAUUUAACAUUAUUACAACAUACAUCGACGGAAUAAUCGUAUAUAUCUAUAGACAUAGAACGUUUCGCCAAACAGAUAAUAACAAGGAGAAUGAGCAAUUAUGAGUAAUAAGUUUUAAAUUUUGUUUUCUGUUUUUAGUGCGGACUAAUAGAUUUGAACUCGGAGAUUUUUUUUUUUUUUUUUUUAAUUUUUUAUGUCGACAACUUUCUACGUUGUUGGCGCGUAAAUCAAUCCGCGAAACGGUGGCGAUUAAUGCCGAUUAUCGUCUAGCCCGACUGUCGGUGAUAACUUUCAACGGGAGAAAUCGAUCUAACAGACCAAUUUGUAUGUACGGUAUACUACGGACAUUGGCGUAUUUACAGGGUCGGAUUAUGGGAAUAGUUCCGCCACCAUGACUUUUGUUUUUUUUUUUACAAAAUAUAUUAUCAAAUUGUAUUAAUGUAAUAAUAUACAUAGGUAUUUUUAAUAAACUGAUAAUUUUGAAUUCA